CAUUGCGAAAGUUAUUUUUAAUUUUUUAUGUUUCUUAUUAUGGUAGCUCGUAAUUUUCUAUACUACUGUUAGAAAUGAAACCACGAGCAUAUAAGACGCCAGUGUAAUAAUACGUUGGUCGAUAAAAGAAGGAGCAAAUGGUUAACUGUCUCCUUCAAUCCGCACUGCUUCGUCUAUCUUUUCCACUUAUGUUCUCGUGACGUUCCUCAUUCAUAUUCCUACAUCGUGGAAGCGCAGAACAGAAAAAGAGAUGACUACUCAUUAUGGAGGUAGUUGAAUUAUUUAGCAAAAUCAAUGAGAAUUUUGGAUCAUACGCCUUUUCGAGAUGGAUCGGAUCAUUCAUCGAAGGAUAUCAAACAUCAAAGACCCUAUACAUAAUUAUUUUAUCCGUUAUAUUGAUUCUAUUGAUAAUAACAAUAAUUAUUUUACGGAAAUGGAAAAACAAGGAGUUCCUUCCAGAGGUCAAGGAAUUUGUAGUAGGCAGUGGCAAGCCAAGAUUCAGAAAAAGAGACAAAGUUUUAUUCUAUGGAAGAAAAAUGUUACGCAAAGUGAAAUCUAUAGGUGGACAAGUACAUCCUACUGGUCAAGGGAAAAAGAGAAGAGCUGUUAUGAGAUUUGCACGCAGACUCUUGCAAUUGAAAAAAGAAUCUGUGCCUCAACAAUUGAAGGUAUUAGAACCACCAGCGGAGUAUCUAGAAGAAGAUCAUGGUCCAGGAGAUAGAGUACCUCCUGAUGCUUUGUACAUGUUACAAAGUAUCAGAGUAUUCGGUCAUUUUGAGAAACCUGUUUUUCUAACAUUAUGUAAACAUACGGAAAUUAUGAAUUUACCGGCUGGAAGUAUUUUAUUUAAAAUUGGUGACCCAGAUGAGAAUCUGUUCAUCGUACAACAGGGUCUUGUUAAUGUAUUCAUAACUGGACCCGAUGGUUCUCAAAUUCCUUUAAAACUAGUUAAAACUGGAGAAUCUGUAACCAGUCUUCUAAGUUUUACUGAUGUACUUACCGGUCACACGAGUACUUAUAAAACUGUUUCUGCAAGAGCCGUGGAAGAUUCUGUUGUGGUCAAAUUACCAAUGAGUGCUUUUCAAGAGGUUUUUCAGGAUCAUCCAGAUGCAUUUGUUCGAGUUAUCCAGGUCAUUAUGGUUCGUCUACAACGUGUAACGUUUACAGCAUUGCAUCAAUAUUUAGGUCUUUCUGCAGAAUUAGUUAAUCAAGGAACUCAUAAGAAAAAACAAAGCUCAUUUUCUGGCUCACCUGUUAGAUCAAGAACGAGAGAGAAUUUUGCUACGCAAAACGCGGACACUAUGCCUAGUAGUAUGAAUUUAGCAACUGCAUUGGAUCAAUACGAUGGAAAUGAUAUUAUACAUAAAGAAGCUAAUACUUCUCAGCCUAUACCUAUAAUAGUUAAUAGAAGAUCAAAAACCACUCAGGAUUGGAAAAAUCCAACUCAAAACUCUCAAUCAGGUCAAAGCACUUCUGUUACCGUACCAGAAUGUGACACUUAUUGGGCAAAUUCAUCAAUGACGGGAGGACAUCAAUCCUCCCAAAGCGCUCAAUCGCAGAAUACUCAACCUGACAUUAUACAUACAGGAAGUGUUCAUCCACCUAAAAAGAAAUCUAUCAAUGAAACAACGCAACAGUUGGAUGAGGCACAACUUGUGCAAAUUGCAACUGAAGCAUUCGUUAAAGAACUUGGUUUGGAAGAUGAUAACGUUCUUAAGGAUGGAAAAAUUCAACUGAAAGAAGUACCAGCGGGGACAUAUUUAAUGAAAGAAGAAUCUCAUAAAGAUGUUGCGCUUGUAUAUGUAUUAUCUGGCUCUCUCAUAGUCAGUCAACGUGUCCCGGAAGGUCGUGAUGCAGGACAAGAAGUUCAUAUGUUUAGUGCACAUCAGGGAGAAAUAGUUGGAGGUUUGGCGGUAUUGACUGGAGAACCUUCUUUUUAUACGAUUAGAGCAAAACAUCCCAGUCGGAUUGCACUACUUAGCAAAUCCACCUUUUUUGCGAUCAUGCGUGAACAACCUACUGUUGUAUUGCAUGUAGCUCAUACUGUCGUCAGACGACUAAGUCCUUUUGUGAGGCAGGUGGAUUUUGCCUUGGAUUGGUUGUUUCUUGAAAGUGGAAGAGCCGUUUAUCGUCAAGGAGAUGAAUCGGAUUCAACUUUUAUAGUCUUAAGUGGACGACUAAGAUCUGUAAUUACUUAUAAAAAUGGGAAAAAGGAACUCGUCGCAGAAUAUGGAAAAGGAGACUUAGUGGGAAUCGUAGAGAUGGUCACGCAGACCCCCAGAUCUACUACUGUUAUGGCAGUUCGAGAUUCUGAAUUGGCAAAACUACCUGAAGGUUUAUUUAAUGUAAUCAAAUUACGAUAUCCCAUUGUUGUAACAAGGCUUAUCAAUUUACUUGGUCAUCGAAUAUUGGGUACGUGGCAACAAGCGCAUACUAAAAAUGGUGCCAAUGAUACCCAAAGAGCAGCUGCAACAGUUGAUGCGAGACCAGCACAAGUGAACUUCUCAACAGUAGCUAUAGUUCCUGUAUCAGACGAUGUUCCUUUAACUGCAUUUACCUAUGAAUUAUAUCAUUCAUUGUGUGCUAUUGGACCUUGUCUACGAUUAACUUCGGAUGUUGUUCGAAAGACUUUGGGUACCACAAUUAUGGAACCUAUGAAUGAAUAUAGAUUAACAUCAUGGCUAGCACAACAAGAGGAUCAACAUCGAAUUUCUUUAUAUCAGUGUGAUUCAACAUAUACGUUAUGGACUCAAAGAUGUGUACGACAAGCAGACUGUAUAUUGAUAGUAGGUUUAGGUGAUCGCCCUCCGUCUAUAGGACGUACUGAACGUGAGGUAGAACGUUUGGUCAUGCGUACGCAAAAGGAAUUAGUACUUUUACAUAAGGAACAAAGUGGACAACGGCCUACGAAUACUGUACAGUGGUUAAACAUGAGAUCAUGGGUCUCCAGUCAUCAUCACAUUCAAUGUCCAAAACGAAUGUUUACUAGAAGAUCUCAAUAUAGAAUUAAUGAAUUAUAUUCAAAAGUAUUAAUGUCUGAGCCAAACGUACACAGCGAUUUUAGUAGAUUAGCACGUUGGUUGACAGGUACCUCGGUUGGCUUAGUACUUGGAGGAGGAGGUGCUAGAGGUGCAGCGCAUGUUGGAAUGCUUAAAGCUAUUAUAGAAGCUGGUAUUCCAAUAGAUAUGGUUGGCGGAGUUAGUAUCGGUGCUUUUAUGGGUGCAUUGUGGUGUAUGGAAAAAAAUAUAACAACGACAACACAAAAGGCUCGUGAAUGGUCUAAGAAAAUGACCCAAUGGUGGAGACAAAUUUUGGACUUAACGUAUCCUAUGACAUCAAUGUUCUCGGGCAAAGAUUUUAAUAAAACUAUCCAAACAACUUUUGGAGAUACUUAUAUAGAAGAUCUAUGGCUUCCAUUUUUCACUAUCACUACUGAUAUUACUGAUUCCUGCAUGCGCACACAUACACAUGGAUCGCUGUGGCGUUACAUUCGGGCUUCGAUGUCAUUAUCUGGUUAUAUGCCACCCAUGUGUGAUCCUGUUGAUGGCCAUCUCCUACUCGACGGCGGGUACGUCAAUAACCUUCCAGGUUUACUAUGGAGAUACAUUCGAGCCAGUAUGACUAUUGCUGGUGUCUUUCCUCCUAUUUGCGAUCCUCUUGAUGGGCAUCUUUUGGUCGACGGGUGUUAUGUUAAUAACGUGCCAGCUGACGAAAUGUUGAGACAAGGAGCUCAUCACAUCUUGGCUAUCGAUGUUGGAUCACAAGAUGACACUGAUUUAACAAACUAUGGUGAUUCUUUGUCCGGGUGGUGGUUAUUGUGGAAACGUUGGAAUCCAUUUGCAACACCAGUCAAAGUUCCUAAUCUGCCAGAUAUCCAAUCACGAUUAGCGUACGUUAGUUGUGUCAGACAAUUGGAGGAAGUAAAGAAUUCUGAUUAUUGUGAAUAUAUCAGACCUCCUAUCGACAAAUUCAAGACCCUUCAGUUUACCAACUUUGAUGAAAUCAAAGAAGUUGGAUACCAACAUGGAAAAACAUAUUUUGAAGGACAAUCUAAAGCAGGCGUUCUUCCAAGAUUUAACGCUGACAGAGAAAAUGCAAAAGCCUUGCGAGAAAGGAAACAAGCAGAAAAUCAACUAUCUGUUUCUUCUUAUACUUUUACCGAUCUAGCACAAAUGGUAUGCAAAGUAUCGAGAGGUAAUCGAUACGUAGAUUUGGACAUUGAUUCUGAUUCGGAUGAAAUGGAAGAAUACGAAGCAGAUUUAGAGGAAGAUGCACAAGAAGUAGGCUACGCUUCUGAACCCACUGCCGGUAUCUUAGAUCAGAGCCCUGAAGAUAAUCGUCUUAGAAGAAGAACAGGUGUGUCCCUUAGUUUAUCGGAUACUGAAGCAGAGUCUGAAGUAGAAUAUCAUCCAAAGAUGUUUUGAAAGAAAUUAUUAGAAAAAUUCUAAUAUCCUAUUUCUAAUGUUCAUUUAUUCUUAAAAAAAAAAAAAAGAAAAAAAAGAGGAAAAAAACAAAGAAAAAAAAAACAAAAAAGAUAUUGUAUGUAGCGGUUCCGUUUGUUAUAUAAAAAAAAAAAAAAAAAAAAAAAAAAAGAAAAAAAAAAAAUUGUUAUCUUAUAUAUACACUCAAGUUUUAUUAAAAAUAAUUCCAUUUAUAUUGAAGUACAAAUAAACUGUCCACAAAUAGUCGUCAUUUAGAAGCUCCGUUAUACGCACUGUAAAUGUAUCACAAUGCAAUGUAUCGAUAUUGUAUAGUUACAAUAUAAUUUUAAUAUUUCUACACACA